AGUCAGGUAACUGAACACCAAGUCAUUAUGAGUGACUCUGACGACGAACCUUUGGUUUUAUCUGCUCAUGCUUUAGCUGCACUUACCGAGUUUAAACGCGAAGAAAAAGAUCGUCUUCAACAAUUUGAGUCUCUUUACAAAGCUUCUGAAGACAAAUUCGAGGAGCAGAAAGCCGUCUCAAUCGACGCAUUUAAAGAAGAUUGGCAAUUGUCACAAUUCUGGUAUACUGAUGAGACCGCAAAGACUUUAGGUAGGGCUCUACUAGAAGGUGCAGAUGAGGACACAGUUAUUGCAAUUGCUAGUGCACCUUCGGUUUAUGCAGCAAUUAAACAACUUCCUAAAGAAGAGAUUCCAACAAAACAUAUCUAUUUACUUGAGUAUGAUCGCAGAUUUGAGGUUUUGGCAGGAAUUGACCAUUUCAGUGUAUAUGAUUACAACUCCCCCGACUUAAUACCAUCCCAUCUCCGAAACAAAUGUCACAGAUUGUUAAUCGAUCCUCCAUUCUUGGAGCCAGAAUGUCAGACCAAGUCAGCACAAGCUGCAAAAAAUCUUUUGGUUACAAAUAAAGAUGAUCGUACUAGAUCGGGUGAUUCUAAAUAUAAGCUUAUUUCCUCCACUGGAGAAAGAAUGCAAAGUAUUGUCAAAAAGAAUUACCCUGAUACACAUAUGACCACAUUCUUGCCCGAACACAAGAAUGGAUUAAGUAAUGAAUUCCGAUGCUAUGCUAGUUUCGAAUGUAAGUACUGGAAAUUCCAGAAAGAUCCAUCAACGUUAGGUUAGGAUUGUAUAGGUAAUAAAAGAAAACUUAUAACCCC